GAGAGAGAGAGAGAGAGAGAGAGUAACCAUUUAAAGCUAACCUCUCAGAUAUCAGUCCUACAGAGAGACAGAGGGAGAAGCAGGAGUUACAUUCAUAUCUUCAGCUUUCGAGUCAAGAGGACAGAGGACAGUCAGGAACAAGGGAUUGAGAACAGUUUACCCCUGCUCAAGAUCCAUCCUCUCCAACCAGGAGAGGAGGGAAACCAUCCAAGAUGGCGGAGGAUAGCCAACAAAGGAAAGACAGUCUUCUUCAACCUGGUCCAUCCAGACCUCACCCAGAGGCAGGACCCACUGUGAGAACAUCCACCCAGCCCUCCAUCGCCUCUCUCACUCUUCCUUCCAAAGAGGCAUUGUCAGCAUUGUACCAACAGCGACAGAAAGUUGAGCUGCGGAGGCUCCUGAAGCACACCCACCCGGAGCUGAGGAACCUGGAAAGCCUGGAUGGGGUGGUGGAUCAGGAGCUGGCUGAGGUGCUGCGUUUAGAAACCCAGCUGAUAGCUGGCGAGACCGGAUACGAGGGAGAGGUCCUGUCCAGGCGGUGGAUAUUUGAGAACAGUGUACAGAGAAAUACUGUGGAUCCCCACACUUCUAAAAUGCACAUGGCGGAUGGGGCCGGGGUUGGAGUUGCGGUUGGGGUUGGGGCUGGAGUUGGGGCUGGGGUUUGGGGAGAUGUGAAGAGAACAUCAGCCUUGUUUGAGAAACCAUGGUAUAACCAGAACCUUCAGGAGGAGAGGGUUAAGGGAACCACGGACCAGGUGGAGAGGACUGAUGCUGCUCAUGGGGAACUUACUGAGUGUGAGGAGGAAUUGGUUAGGAUGGAAGUCCAGUCUGCUAGGAGGAUGUUUGAGAGCCAGCAGGUCGACACCCUGAGGGCCAGCCAGGAGAACAUGGCCCUAAACAAGGUUAUCGUGUCAGAGGACGAGAGGGGAGCUGUUCAGAAGAGAAAACAAGCAUUUGAGGCAAGAAGCAGUAAGACAGUUCAGCGAGAGAUCAAAAGCCACAUUUGUUUUAAAAAUCUUGAUGUGAGUUCUCAGUCUGAGGGAGAAGCUCUGGGUGUCGGUGUUAAUAGUGCAGAUACUGAGCCUGAGGUUGGCAAAGUCCAGCCACAGCAUGAAGGGGUCUCCACAGUCAAACAGGUCUUUGAGAGAAAGUCACAGUGUGCUUCAAACGCAGAUGUUGACGUUGAAACUAGUCCAAGAAGUCCAAAGUAUCAGUGUACUUCUCUACUUGAAAACAGAGCAAUAAACAAAACUGGAAAACCAUCACAUCUGCAGGAACCAAAGCCCCAAAACACCAGUUCACUCCCAGGCAACCUAGCUCCAGACAGAAGGGACCAGGAGGACAUGUUAGAGUUAGCGGCUAAUGUCAGGAACAGAGCUCAGCUGUUUGAGUCCACUCUGUUUGACUUGAUCAACCACCAGAACAGAGAGGAGAUGGAGACGGUGGCAGAGAGCAUCAACGAGAUACUGAACACUCUCUGUCACUUCAAUGCCAUCCACUCCCACGGAUCCAUCAUCAAGGCUAGCGAGACAGGAAGUGGUCAGAAGGCUAGGUACAGGCUGACCCCCGGUCUGAGACCAGAGAUAGAACAGGAAAAUGUGGCUGAGGGCGGGGUUAGGAACUUUAUUCUCCAGCUGUUACCCCGGGCAACCCUUAAGCCUCAGGUAGUUUAUCUGAAGGAGGAUGCGAAGGGGAACGUGGAGGUUACCAUGGUGAUAGUACCUUUCCAUCAGGUACGUCUGGCUUCAAACCAAGACAAAGAGUUCAGAACAGCUAACAUUGUCCAGCUCAUCGAGGACAUCCUCAGCCAGGACAGCUCUCUGAGGAAAGGAGUAGUUAUACAGGAGGAUGGUCAGGGACGGGCUGAGGUCACCGUUUACUCCUUGUACACCCAUUCUGAAGGAGAGGUGGAGAGGUACUAUCCCCCGCAGGAACAGAGGACGGAGAUGAACGUCCUAGACAUUGCUGCAGGUGACAAGAUUAAAACAGAGACUGGUGAAGUAAGGAGAGGCGAUGUGAAGUCAACCAUCAGCUCUCUCUUGGCCACCAGUCAGGACCACUCAGCCCCAGCCUCUUACAAACCUGAGGUCAAUGUCAUGGGGAAUGUCAAGUUAUUCAGGAGCUGCAUUGAAAAGGGAGAUCUGGAGUAUCUGAAAACCCUGCAGGGCCAGCCAGAGGAGGAGAAGGAACUCCCAAACCAGACUGACACUGUGACGGGUGUCUCCACGGAGCCAAAGACACAUCAUCAACAACAACAACCAGAGGAUCAGGUGGAACAGAAUGAUCCAGAUAUAGUCCCAGUGGAUGUGAAGAAACUGAAGAACAUCUUCUUAGCCAGCCAGAGCUGUGGCCAACAGAAAGAGACUAAGGCAGAGAAGACCUCUAAGGAGAAGACCUCUAAAACAAUAGUCCAGGUCCAGCACACCUCUGUGGAGAAGAAAGAUACGUGCUCUGAUUCUGUUAUAAAGACCUCCACAUCCCACUCAUCCACAGAGCAGCAAAAGGAGGAGAAGGAGGAGGUAGUGAGAGGUAAUGUACAGGCAGCGCUCCAUUCUCUGGAGAAGACUAGUGGCGUUAAUGUCAGCCAAGGAGACUUCAAGGCUGCCAUGAUCUACAGCAACUCUGGGAAAUCUCAGAAAGGAAGCCAUAAGAAGAAGCCUGAUGUGAGGUAUGCUCCCCAACACAGUGAAGUAAAGACUGGGUCUCUGACUGAAGCUCAACCAGCCCCUUCAGUAGCGUUGAGUGAAGGACAAGCCAUCUCUUUGAAGAGCAGUGACACUGUAGUAGAGGUCCAGCAGACCUCUGUGCAGAAGGAAGAGACAAGCUGUGAUGUUGUUAUAAAGACCUCCACAUCCCACUCCUCUAUCACCUCAGAACAGGUACCAGCACCCUGCGGCCGCAAGACCGAAGAGGCUAGCUGUGCUGCUACGGCUUCUGAAGAACUACAAAACCCAGAAGCCUGGAGAGUGGAGGUCCAAGAGGGCACUGAGGUGGUCCAGAGAGGACACUUAAAAGCUGCCAUUAAGUCUUUACAGAGUGCUACAACAGAGGAGGAGGAGGAAGAGGAGAAGGAGGAGGUAGUGAGAGGUAAUAUAAAGGCAGCGCUCCAUUCUCUGGAGAAGACUAGCGGAGUUAACGUCAACCAAGGAGACUUCAAAGCUGCCAUGAUAUACAGGAACUCUGGGAAAUCUAAAUUUCAAAGCCAUAAGAAGAAGCCUGAUGUGAGGUAUGCUCCCCAACACAGUGAAGUAAAGACUGGGUCUCUGACUGAAGCUCAACCAGCCCCUUCAGUAGCGUUGAGUGAAGGAGAACAGGUGGCCACCAAGGAUCUGAGAGUAGCAACUGCAAAAAACAACAGCCCAGACCAAACCACAAAUACACCAGCUACAGACUCCACUUUGAAACACGAAUCUCAGACUGGCUCUCUCUCUCUCUCUCUCUCUCCUCUCUCCCUCUCUCUAGCUCCCUCAAAGAAAAAGAAAAGACUUGUUGGCCCAAAACCAGGUCUUCUGCCAAAGCCAGCGGUUCCUCCUAAACCAGGUCAGAUGACAGGAAGCACAGCUAGUCAGUCAACAGAGACUGAGGUACAUAUCACUGACAGCCAGACCAUUUCUAUAAGAACUACUAGUAGUAUUUCUAGUAUUUCUAGUACUACUAGUAGUCAACUGAAAGAGUCAACUGAAAGUCAACUAAAAGAGUCAACCAAAACUCAAUCAAAGGAAUCAACUAAAACUCAAUCAAAAGAAGAGCAACCUCCGCGACCAUUCACAAUCAAACCAAUGUCCUAUGCAGAUGCCCUUUGCAGAGGCUUACAACAGACUGACAGUGUUACAGAGGCACAACAGAGUAGGUACGUAUCUGAGAGGCCAGCUGGGAGCUCAGUAGGAACCGCUGAUACAGGGGCUGCCGAGGCCAACCAACACACUGGUGAUGCAACCCAGCUCAAUGAGGAAAUGACAUUAAACCAGGAAGGUCAAGGGUCUGAGGUCAUCCCUCAGAGACAGAGUAGCUCUAACUCUGUACCAGUGGAGGAGUGCAACACUAAGUCACCACAGGAGAGGACUACUACAGAGCAGAGCCAGGGAGCAGGACCCAAGGGGGCCCCAGAGGACCAAGAGGAGAAGGUCAAUGAAGCACUUCAAAGCUUUGGAGGGAAGAAGGGGGCAGGAGAGGAGAAGAGGGCUGGAGGGGAGAAGGGGGCUGGAGUGGAGAAGGGGGCUGGAGGGGGGAAGGGGGCUGGAGGGGAAAAGGGGGCUGGAGGACAGAAGGGGGCUGGAGGGGAGAGUAAAGCCCCUGUGAAACCUAAACGAGUUAAGAUGACCCAGAGUGACGAGAACCAGAAACACACUUCUGAGAUGAACACCUCCACUUCUCUCACAGUUACACAUACUGCUGUGGGACAGCAAGCCAGUGACUCUUCUCAGCCUUAUCCAUGCAGUAAACCACAGAACAACUCUAAUAACGACAUCCAGGAAGAAGAGAAGGAAAACACAGUGGCAAUGAGGGAGAAGAAAGCGGAUAUGAAAGCAGAGACGGAGGACGAGCGUGGCCAGAGGCUGUCGGUCCACAUGGAUAAGAUCAUGAGGGGUAAUGUGACCAUGGCAAUGGAGAUCUUCGACAACCUGAGGAAGCAGGAGGAGCUGAAGGAGAUCUUGACCUGGGUGGAGGAGGUGGGGAAGGACACCAGCCAGGUGGACGUCAGGGCCCUCAGGAACAUCUUUGAGAAUGUACCUGACUGGGUCGUUGCCCCGAGAGUCAAGAGUCAACGUAAACAACAACAACAGACCAAGGUGGAACAGAAGGCUGAGAUCUCAGAAGUGAAGAGAUCAGAGACGCCGAAAGACGAUACCGAGACCUCAAUGUCCUCCAUGGCUCUUGUGUUCGGAAAUCUAGAGAGAGCAAGUGAGGAGAUCAUGAAUCUGAAGGAGCAGACGUUAGCCAGACUGAUAGACAUAGAAGAGGCCAUUAAGAAGGCUUUGUACUCUGUGUCCACUCUGAAGUCAGACUCCGACAUCGCUGGUCUGUCUGGCCUGUUUAAGGAGACAGCAGCCCAGACUCAAGGCUCCAGCAGCAACAUCAGCACUAUCAGUACCGGCUCCAGCAGCAACAUCAGCACUAUCAGUACCGGCUCCAGCAGCAACAUCAGCACUAUCAGUACCGGCUCCAGCAGCAACAUCAGCACUAUCAGUACCGGCUCCAGCAGCAACAUCAGCGCUAUCAGUACCGGCUCCACCAGCAACAUCAGCACUAUCAGUACCGGCUCCAGCAGCAACAUCAGCGCUAUCAGUACCGGCUCCAGCAGCAGAGCUAAGACGGCCCAGGGAAAGGACAGCCCUACCACUAAGACACAGAGAGACCCAGGUCUGCCAGUGAUACCGGAGGCUGAUCAGGGACCAGGGCUGAAGGAGCCUGUCAUUAAGUCCCGGAGCAGUCCUCCAUCCUCCCCCUCCUUCAUCUCCAUCCAGUCUGCAGCCAGGCAGGAGUCAGAAGACAGACAACAGGAGUCUGCAGACAGACAGAAGGGUUCUGCAGCCAGACAAAAGACAGAGUCCUCCCUGCAGCGUCCACUGUGCUCAGCCUGUCAGCUCAGCCCAAAGUGUUGCCCUUCCGGUAGCCCCUGUAACAGAAGCCCUCUCAAUCAGAAAGGUCAGGUCAGCGUACUCGAGGUGAAGACAGCCCCAGAGGGGAGUAGGGGUCGUUGGCACUAAAGACAGAGAAUGACAACUAUGAGAACACAGUAGAGUUUGUCAACCAGGUCUACUCCACUAAGACCUCCACUGUGGUGGCCAGUCAGCCAGACACCAGCACCUCUUCUAGGGGUCAGGUAGUGACCACCCGUCCAACCAGGUAUGGGGUAGUCACAUACCCAGAGGUCAAAGUCAUCUUGCCUAUCAACAAACCUUCAGCGCCUUUUUAAAAAUGGCGCUUGCGACGGCAAGGGUAUUGCGUUCGAUUUCCGCUGGGGCCACCCAUACAAAAAUGUAUGCACUCAUGAUUGUAAGUCGCUUUGGCUAAAUGGCAUAUCUUAUAAACUGUUUUAUUGAAUGAGAAAAGAUGCUUGAGGUUUGAAAAAAAUUACAGUAAGGGAGACAAGCUAUUUUUCCCCCUCAGGAAAUGUUAUAUUUUAUAACAACUGCUUCAUAAUCAGUGAGUAGUCUUCUGAUGGUAUUGAGAGAGCAAAUUUGUUUAAUCGAAACGCAUUAUAAUAUUAUUACUACCUUUUUUGUUCUAUUCUGAAUUGAAUUUGAUGUGUUUAAUAUUGAUUCUUUAAAGUGUGUGAUUUCAUUAAACAUUUGUUUUCUUACUUUUUGGAUAGAAUUGUAAUAAAAUGUUGUUGGUAUGUUC